AUGUCUCAAGAGGAAGGGAAGACAAUUAAAACACGUGAGGACGAGGUAGAUUUACCGGUCAAGUGUGGAGAUAAUGCCGAGUCGUCACAAAGUGAAAGUGACCACGAGAAGACUAUUAUACAAAACGAUGUCAUUGCCGAAAUGAAAGAGGAAAUUCGAAUAUUGAAGAUGUCCCUGGAAAUGUUCAUGAAGAAUUCUGCCCCUCAACCAUCGUUAAAAGCCCCUGUACCUAAUGUACUCCCAGGAAUGAGUACAGACUUGCCUCACUCAACCACAAUGCCUACGUCAUUAUCGACAGUUUCUACCACAAACCAAAAGAUAAGUAUACCAAUUUCUGAUUUUAAUUCACAAUAUAUUUCGGGUAACUGUUUGCCACAGCCAUUGCCAUCGCAAACCACACAUAUGAGACUAUCACCUCAGUAUACAUUUACACCCUUUCAUCACGCAACAUAUACGCCGCCUCAUCACUCAACAUAUACGCCGCCUCAUCAGACAAUAUAUACGCCGCCCCAUCAGACACAGCCGUUACCGUCUACAAUGACACGCCCAACAACAUCAAAUACUUUGAGAGCCACAGCUACACCAUUUCCUGUCGAUCAGCCUACUAUGCACCCUUUUCGUAAAUUGUAUGACCUGCCUGAGUUUUGUGGACAACCGGAACAAUGGCCAAUGUUUGCCGUCUCUUAUAAGGAGACCACCCAGCACUACAAUUAUACAAAAUUGGAAAAUUUGUUUCGGCUACAAAAGGCCUUAAAGGGAAAUGCCAAGACAAAAGUGGAAGCUUACCUUAUUCAUCCUGAAAGUGUAGACCAGGUGAUGAAUACUCUUGAAUUUCAUUACGGCCGUCCCCAUAUUAUGAUUCGUAGUCAAAUUACUAAAGUAAGAGCAUUCCCUGCCAUUUCGGGAAGAAAAUUAUCAGAGAUUGUAAAUUUUUCUUCCAUGGUCUCGAAUCUUACCAUAUUUUUAGAGAAUGCUGGAGCUACACAACAUCUGUUAAAUCCGACUUUACUCGAAGAACUUGUGAAUAAGUUGCCUUUUACAAAGCGUGAAGAAUGGGUAAAAUAUUCAUUUCACAACUUGGGCCAAUAUCCGACAGUAAGGCAGUUUAGUGAGUGGCUGCAUAAUGUUGCUACUUACAUAUCAUUGGCGACAGAAAUGGAACCCAACAGUGAUGAUGUUGUGAAGAAUAAGGUAAAUAAAUUUAAGCCGGCACUAGCUAUCACAGUCGACGACCGCAGUCAGUUAGGAUGCGUGAUGUGUCAUGGUAAUCAUCAUCUUAAUCAAUGUACGAAAUUUAAGAAUAUGUCUACAGCACAAAGAUGGAAAUUUGUGAAAGAGAAUCGUUUAUGUUUUGGCUGCUUAUUACCUGGUCACAAUUCCUUUCAAUGCAACAAUCGCCGUCAAUGUGGUAUAUCAGAAUGUGACAGAUAUCAUAAUCGUUUGCUUCACGAAGAAAAUAACAAAACAAAUAAUAAACAAUCGAUUACAGCUGUUAGUGAUGAUACAUCAGAAAUACCCAUACAGAAUGAAAGCGAUAGCGUUUCAGUAACGACGAUUAUAAAAAACUGCUUAGGUGAGAAAACGUUGUUUAAGUACUUGCCAGUGAGAUUAAUGGGUCCAAAUGGUAGCGUUGAUAUAGUAGCUUUCAUUGAUGAUGGAUCUAAAGUUUCACUACUAGAAGAGGACAUUGCGAAGCAAAUUGGUUUAGAGGGACCAACCACUAAUUUAUCGCUGGGAUGGAUAGGUGGAAAAAGAUCUAACGAGUUGUCAAUGAAAGUAGAAUUUGAAAUUUGUAAUGUGAAUGAUAGCAACAAUAGCUUUCAUAUGAGAAACGUUAGAACAACGAAGCAUUUGAAACUGCCGCCACAAAGUUUACAACUUCAAGAAUUUAAGGUGAAGUUUCCAAAACUGGAUGAAUUUGUCAUUGAUGAGUAUUUUGAUAUACCGAAGUUACUCAUUGGUUUGCCUCACGUAAGACUGGUUCGUCCUCACAAGCUGAUAAAUUUGGACGAAAGUUUUUCUGUGCAUAAGACAUUUUUAGGAGAUAUACUGUUUGGUUCUAAUGAGGAUAGUUUCGAAUACAAUCAUGUAUUUCUGAUAGAAUGUAGUCCCAUGGAUGACAUCAGGCAACAGGUGUCUGAUUACUUUACAUUAGAAGGUUUUGGAAUGAAACCGGUAAAUCCUAUUAUUUCAAAUGAUGAUCUGAGAGCCGAAAAAAUACUGAAGGAUACCACUGUUGUAAACGGACAACAAUAUGAGACCGGUCUUCUAUGGAAACUGGAUGAAUAUAACUUUAAGCAAACUUAUUCACUGGCUUACAAACGUUUACUGGGUGCCGAAAGUAAGAUGAAAAAGGAUAACGAUCUGGCUGAAUGGUAUAAAUAUAAAAUCGAAGAGUAUAUUUUGAAAGGGUAUGCCAGAAAACUGUCACCGGAAGAAGCCUCCAUAGAAACCGAUCGUACAUGGUAUUUGCCACACUUUGUAAUUACAAAUGUUAAUAAAGGUAAUAAGAGACGACUGGUGUUUGAUGCAGCAGCUAUAGUAGACGGUGAAUCAUUUAACUCGAGAUUGCUAAAAGGUCCAGCCACGUAUCAACCCAAGCCAUUACUUUCAAUUUUGUUUAAGUUUCGUCAACGGCAGAUAGGAGUUUGUGGCGACAUACGUGAGAUGUUUCACCGUGUACUUAUUCGCGAAGAGGACCAGACUGCCCAACGAUUUUUAUGGCGAUCAGGUGUCAGCAGUAGUAAGCCGGAUAUUUAUGUAAUGCGAGCAAUGAUAUUUGGAUCUGCCAGUUCACCGUGUUCCGCGCAAUAUGUCAAAAAUUUAAAUGCCAGUAAAUUUGAGAGUACUGAUGCCAAAGCUUAUAAGGCUAUUGUGGACUGCCACUACGUGGACGACUAUGUAGAUAGUUUCGAUACAAUCGAUGAGGCUAUUUCCGUAACUAAAAGCGUAAUAAACAUCCAUCAAAAGGCUAAUUUCGAAAUAAGAGGAUUUGUAUCUAAUUCACUUGAGUUUUGUCGUAUUAUAGAAGGACCAGAUUAUGUUAAUAAAUUGGAAUUAAAGAACCUCAGUAAAGGUGAAUCGAUUACAGAAAAGGUGCUUGGUCUGUUCUGGGCCCAAAAUGAUGACUCAUUUUGUUUUAUUUUGAAAUUUUCAAGAAUUUCUGAAGCGGUGUUAAACGGUAGCCGAAGACCCAGCAAACGUGAAGUACUUAGUUUAGUUAUGUCGAUAUUCGAUCCGUUUGGCUUUUUAGCAAAUAUCGUCAUAAGGUCCAAGAUUAUACUUCAGGAACUAUGGAUUUACAAUAUUGACUGGAGCUCCCCUAUUCCAGAAAAAUUAUAUAAGAAAUGGUAUGAAUGGUACAAUGAACUUCAAAAUGUGCGCAAUAUUAGGAUCCCCAGGUGUUAUGGAGUAAAGUUUUCUGAUCCCUCAACUGUAAUAGAACUACAUCUUUUCGUAGACGCAAGCGAGGUCGCGUUUGCCGCCGUUGGUUAUUGGAGAAUGCGGUUGUUAGACAGCGUUGAGGUGAUAUUUGUUGCUGGAAAAUCUAAGUGUGCUCCCAUAAAACCUCUCUCGAUCCCAAGAUUGGAACUACAAGCUGCAGUACUUGGUGUUAGAUUAAAGGAGGCCAUUGUUUCCAGCCAUGAUAUUAAGCCGACAGGAAUAACGUUUUGGUCAGAUUCGAAGACAGUGGUGAAAUGGAUUCAAUCUGAUUGUCGCGUUUAUAAACAAUUCGUUUCACAUCGCAUUGCAGAAAUUUUGGAGCACUCGGAGGUCGACCAAUGGCGAUGGGUUCCUGGGCCCCAAAAUCCUGCUGAUGAUGCGACAAGGUCACAAUAUUUCUCAGGAAAUUUACAGGAAUCUCGUUGGUUAAACGGACCGUCUUUUUUGAAAUCUGAUAAAACAAAAUGGCCAAUAUUAAGUGGAGAAGCCGAAAAAAAAAUAUAUGAAUCUGAAAUGCGAACAAAGUUUUUAUUUUCUACAGCUGAAGUUCUUCCCUUAAUACCAUAUGGCGAAAAAUCAAAAUACUAUAAGCUACUGAGAAUAAGGUGUUGGUUUGUUAGAGCCGUGAAAAUUUUUAAAUGUUUCGCUAUACAUCAAGACAAAUCUACUCUAAAUUUGAAACCAUAUAUUACCACUCAGGAAAUAAAAGAAGCUGAAAUCUUUUGGUGUCAAAUAGCUCAGCAAGAAGUCUACGGAAAUGAGUAUAAUGUACUGAAAUCGGGCCAACCUCUAUCUAAAAAGAGCAGUAUAUAUAAUUUGAACCCUUGCAUUACAGACGAUGGAUUAAUACGAAUUUCAGGUCGAAUAAGUAAAGCCACGUGUGUUGGUCAAUCCACCAGAGAACCCAUCAUUAUGCCCAAGAAUCAUUUAAUUACAAGACUGAUGAUAAGACAAUUUCACAACAAUUUUGUACAUCAAAAUCAGGAGGCUAUCUGUGCAGCAAUUCGUACCAAGUUUUGGAUUCCAAGUUUAAGACAAUUGGUGAGAAAUGUCAAGAAGAACUGCCAGGAGUGCAAGAAUAGAUCAGCAGUCCCGAAACCACCAUUAAUGGGUCAAUUGCCGGUAGAUCGUUUAACCCCGUUUGUUAGACCUUUCACAUACACGGGAAUUGACUACCUCGGUCCGUAUACGGUGUCCAUUGGCAGAAGAAGAGGCGUCCCGAUAAGAAUAAGAAGUGACAGAGGUACCAAUUUCGUUGGAGCUAGUAAGGAGGAUUUCGUAAGACUUGAAACGCAAUUGGGUGAUGAGUGUACGCGACGGGGCAUAGAAUGGGUAUUUAAUACCCCGGCUGAUCCCUCAGCAGGAGGUGUCUGGGAGAGGAUGGUCCGCGCGGUGAAGAACGUGUUGGCAUUCACCCUAAAAGAGAAAUCACCAAAACUUGAUACGUUGAAUAGCCUAUUAAUUGAGGCUGAAAAUCUUGUAAAUUCGCGUCCUUUGACGCAUUUACCUAUUGACAGCUCAGAUAGUGAACCACUUACGCCGAACCAUUUUUUGCUCGGAUCCCCUAACAUUGUGCAAACCGCUGCAGUGGAAGAGAAGGUUUGCCUUCGGAAGCAGUGGCACAUUUUACAACAGCUCAAACAGACAUUCUGGAAAAGAUGGGUUCUGGAAUAUUUACCAGAUUUGACCAGGCGUACAAAAUGGUAUCAGCCGGUAAAACCGUUGCAAGUGGGUGAUGUUGUGGUUAUAUGCGAUGAGACUGAGGAACGUGGUAAAUGGAAACGUGGUGUGAUUGAGGAAGUCUGUAAAGCGGCUGACGGGCAAGUUCGUUCAGCAGUGGUGAAAACUCUGAAUGGAAAAUUACGACGUCCAGCCACAAAACUGGCAGUGCUUGAAGUGAAUGGUCUCAGAAGAAAAUGUGGUAACUGUGGUGGCGAUCAUUCAGCCAACUACAGCGGGUGCCCAGUUUAUAAGGAGUUAUUGAACAGAUUAAGAGAGAGGCAAAAGCUAAUAAAAGGGAAAACAUCUGAAGUACCAGCCUACAAAUUUGAAAACACCUAUCCACCAGUCAAUUCUGAAGUUCCGCUAUUGAACAAGCAAGCAGCCUCAACACAAUUAAAUUCAAAAUCCACUCAAAUUGAUCAGCCUAAGAAUGUAGCAGGUUCUUAUGCCAAUGUUUUGAGGACGGGUUAUCAGCAGCCUGGUGUUCCCCAAAAUACGGGAGGGUUGGAAGCACUUAUGCACGCGCUUACCCAGAAUAUUAUCUCUCUUAAUCAAAAUAUGACAAACUUUAUGUCAUCCAUGCAAAACACAAUACAAGAGCUUUUAAGAGCGCAGAACCAAAUGAUACAAAUCCUCUUAACAAAAAAAUGA